CGUUGCUGUGACCCGACCGCUCCAGCUCCAUGGCUACACCUGACGGUGGUGGUUGAAGGACCCGGUGCUGCCAGCGGAGACUGACCUGGAAUCGAAAAUGAACUGGGGGUCGUUUUACGCCGUGAUCAGCGGCGUAAACAGGCAUUCCACCGGCAUCGGCCGCAUCUGGCUGUCUGUCAUCUUCAUCUUCAGAAUCCUGGUCCUCGUGGUGGCGGCCGAGUCGGUCUGGGGCGACGAGAAGUCUGGCUUCACCUGCAACACCCAGCAGCCCGGCUGCAACUCUGUCUGCUAUGACCAGUUCUUUCCCAUCUCACACAUCCGCCUGUGGGCCUUGCAGCUCAUCCUGGUGUCCACGCCUGCUCUCCUAGUGGCCAUGCAUGUAGCCCAUCGCAGACAUAUCAACAAGAAGAUCCUGAAGAAGUCCGGGCGCGCUUCCCCUAAGGAGUUGGAACAAAUCAAGUAUCAGAAGUUUGCGAUCGCAGGCGCCCUCUGGUGGACCUACAUGAUCAGUGUGCUGUUUAGGAUCGUUCUGGAAGUCGGCUUCCUUUAUAUAUUCUACUUGAUCUACCCUGACUUCAAGAUGUUCCGUCUGGUCAAGUGUGACUCGUACCCCUGCCCCAACACUGUGGACUGCUUCGUGUCACGACCCACGGAGAAAACCAUCUUCACCGUGUUCAUGCUCUCCGUGUCGGGGGUGUGUGUUCUCCUCAACCUGGCCGAGGUGGCCUACCUGAUUGGCAGAGCCUGUCUGAGGUGUAUCCAUGGUAACCAGGACAAGAAUAAGGUAGCAGGGAUUGGUCAGAAACUGUCCUCCUACAAACAGAAUGAAAUCAACCAGAUGAUCGCUGACCAGUCGAAGUUCAAGUUCAACGUGGGAGCUAGGAAGACCUCUAUGGAGAAGGGAGAGAGGUGCUCUGCUUUCUGAUAGGCUGCCCUGGAAGGGAGAGAGGGGCUCUGCUUUCUAAUAGGCUGCCCUGGAAGGGAGAGAGGUGUUCUGCUUUCUGAUAGGCUGCCCUGGAAGGGAGAGAGGUGCUCUGCUUUCUGAUAGGCUGCCCUGGAAGAGAGAGAGGGGCUCUGCUUUCUGAUAGGCUGCCCUGGAAGGGAGAGAGGGGCUCUGCUUUCUGAUAGGCUGCCCUGGAAGGGAGAGAGGGGCUCUGCUUUCUAAUAGGCUGCCCUGGAAUGGAGAGAGGGGCUCUGCUUUCUGAUAGGCUGCCCUGGAAGAGAGCGAGGUGCUCUGCUUUCUAAUAGGCUGCCCUGGAAGGGAGAGAGGGGCUCUGCUUUCUGAUAGGCUGCCCUGGAAGGGAGAGAGGUGCUCUGCUUUCUGAUAGGCUGCCCUGGAAGGGAGAGAGGUGCUCUGCUUUCUGAUAGGCUGCCCUGGAAGAGAGAGAGGUGCUCUGCUUUCUGAUAGGCUGCCCUGGAAGGGAGAGAGGGGCUCUGCUUUCUGAUAGGCUGCCCUGGAAGAGAGAGAGGUGCUCUGCUUUCUAAUAGGCUGCCCUGGAAGGGAGAGAGGUGUUCUGAUUUGCUGCCUAUGGAGAUGGGAAAGCAGUGCUCUGCUUUCUGAUAGGCUGUCUAGCCCGAGCUCCCACAAAUUUUCACUGCUUCAAACUAAUGAACUGUAACCAAGCUUGUAACCAUACUGGAUAGAAAUCCUCAAUAGCUCCAUCUAGUAAUAACAUCAAUCAUUCACUCAUUUAUUUCUUACAUUUACAUUUACAUCAUCUAUUUAUUCUAGUGGCUGGUGCUAGGUUCUCAACAUUCCUAACGGUGGUAGGAUAUAGAGAAGAACAAACAAGCCCAGACAAACUCAACGCUGGAUAGGAGAGAGAACUUUGUUUCAUCGUGAUCGACACAGUCACUGUUUUGUCUCACAACCUUGGGGCAGGAACUAGUGGAUAAAGGAACAUUUGUUUUAGCACAUGACUUGACAAAACCAUUGUAUUGGAACUCACUGAGUCUCCUACAGCGGGGAGACUACUCCUACAGACUACUCCUACAGCGUGGAGACUACUCCUACAGCAGGGGGACUACUCCUACAGCAGGGAGACUACUCCUACAAUACGGGGAUUACUCCUACAGCGGGGAGACUACUCCUACAAUACGGAGAUUACUCCUACAGCGGGGAGACUACUCCUACAGCAGGGAGACUACUCCUACAGCAGGGAGACUACUCCUACAG